AUGGAAAAGGCUCUACAAAUGGAUGCCGGGGUUAUGGCAGAGUUGUUUGAAGAUGGGAUACAAACAAUGAGGAUGAAUUAUUAUCCUCCUUGUCCUCACCCCGAGCACGUCAUCGGCUUAACAGCACAUUCAGAUGGUGGUGGUUUAACGAUUCUCCUUCAACUAAGCGAAGUGGAUCGAAUACAGAUUAGAAGUGAAAAUAUAUGGGUUCCCAUUAAACCUCUACCUAAUGCCUUCGUAGUGAACAUCGGAGACAUUUUGGAGAUUUUGAGCAAUGGGAUUUACCGAAGCGUGGAACACCGAUCAACAAUAAACGCGACAAAGGAGUGUCUCUCUGUUGCAACCUUUCAGAACCCUAAACAAGAAACCGUAAUAGGUCCCAACAUGAUCACACCAGAGGGACCUGCCUUGUUCAGAAAAAUUGUGUACAAUGAUUAA